AUGGUAGAGCAUUCGCUUAGCAUGCGAGGGGCACGGGGAUCGAUACCCCCGCAUCUCCAUUUUUAUAUCCUUUCUAUACUUAUUCCCUCUUUAUGUACUAUUAUACUUUUCACUUCUAACUUAUAUGUUAUAUCCUUAUAUCUAUAUAUCUAUAUAUCUAUAUAUCUAUAUAUGUACCAUUUUUAUAUUACUUAUAUAUAUUAUAUAUCUAUAUAUCUAUAUAUGUACCAUUUCUAUGUGCUUUUCUAUAUUUACUCUUUUAUAUUAAGUAAUGUCUAUAUAUAUUCCACUUUCCUAUAUAUACCUUUAUAUAUAUUAGUAUUUAUAUUAGUAUUUAUAUUAGUAUUUAUAUUAGUAUUUAUAUUAGUAUUUAUAUGUGUAUUUAUAUGUGUAUUUAUAUUAGUAUUUAUAUUAGUAUUUAUAUGUGUAUUUAUAUUAGUAUUUAUAUGUGUAUUUAUAUGUGUAUUUAUAUGUGUAUUUGUCUAUAUAUUACUAUAUGAGUAUAUAAUAUUCUACCACUUUAUAACUUAUGCAUAUAUUAACUUUUAUACUCUCCCCACUAUACUAUAUUAG